AUGUGGAGUGCACAAAUAUUUACCUUGCCCUUAUUGAUAGUUCGGUUACCAAAUUAUAGUUACCCACACCCAUUCUCUAACAACAUGACGAUGGUCUCAAAUGAUCCCACGUGGUGGCCGUCCAUCGAUGUACAUCGUUUUGCCAGCUAUUUUGCAGUUGCCGCCUUCGUUGUAAUAACAUAUGAUUGGGCACUAACAUUUGGACAAGAGGUCGAAUUGGUCUGGGUGCGCUACCUUGGAAUCCUAUCUGCUGCAUAUGUUCCGAAGGCUAAACAAUCGGUGUUUAUGUCCAUGGUUGUCGGUGUUCCGACCAUCUCGUUGACAGACACACAAGUCAUCAUCAUCACUCGGUUGCAUGCCAUGUAUCAACAAGACAGAAAGAUCCUGAUAUUUCUCAUUGUCACCUUCCUGGCGAUCAACACAUUUGAUGGAGUGGCAACCGUAAUGUCAACAAUGCAUACUUCAGGAGGAGAUGUCCUGGUUCUGGAUUCCGCUAUUUGGAUACUCUACAUUGUGUGGGAGGUCCUCGCACUAUGUCUUGCAGUCUGGAUUGCGGUAAAACACUUCCAUGAACUGCGAUUACAUCCGGCAGGAGGGAUUAUCGGGGACUGUUUUACGGUGUUGAUGAAAACUCAUUUGCUUUACUUUGCGAGGGCCGGACAUGAUAGCUUUGUUGCUCUCUCUUGCUUCGACCUCAUUAUUGAAUUCUCUCCAACAUUUUCAAUGAGCCAAUAUCUCCUAGAAGAUCAGACUUUGUCUGGCUUGUUUCAGAUUUUGGAGGUCGCGCAGAUGUUCGUGUUAGGACCACGGCUGAUCCUUGGCGUUCGAGAAUAUAAUGCUAAACUAGUGACCGACUCCGACGCAGCAACCGGCAUGACCUCAAUCGCUUUCCAAGAGCGCUUGCAUAUAUCGACUGGCAGUAGCAUGUAA